AUGGCUCCGGUGAGCAUUAUUUCGAGGUCGCUUGUACGCCAAGCCUGGACAGCGAGCAGCGUCCGCCCUUCCGCCGCCAUAGCACAACACGUCUCCGCCAGACGAAACACCCAGGACGGACGCACGACAGCCACCGCAGCCUUCGCAAGAAACACCUGGGCACAGCGAAGGAUACCUCGCGCCUUAUCCGUCCAACACGCCGCAAGACGAGCCUUCUCCGCGACACCCGUCUCCUCCAAGGACCACCACUUCGACACCCUCAAAUUCGUUCAACGCUUGCAGCAAGAAGGCUUCACCGAAGAACAAGCCGUUGCGAUGAUGAAGGUCCUCUCCGACGUAAUCGAAGAAUCCAUCCAGAAUCUCACGCGCACCAUGGUCCUUCGCGAAGACCAGGAGAAGGCCACCUACACCCAAAAAGUCGAUUUCGCUAAGCUCCGCUCCGAACUCCUCUCUGCCGAUUCUACCGAAUCUUCGCUUACUCGCGCCUCCCACGAACGGCUCACGAACGAUUUGGCCAAGUUGAACAAUCGUUUGCGAGAUGAGGUGCAGCGGACCCAAGCGAGUGUGAGGUUGGAUUUGAAUUUGGAAAAGGGUAGGAUCAGGGAAGAGGCGAAUAGUCAGGAUCUGAAGAUCAAGGAGACCGAGACGAGGAUUGAGCAGGAGAGUGCGGCGCUGAGGGAGAGGUUGGAAGCGGUGAAGUUUAGCACCUUGCAGUGGCUGAUGGGAGUGUGUACGGGCACCGCGGCGAUUAUUCUUGGUGUCUGGAGGUUGUUGAUGUAG